AUGGCAAAUCUGGCUAAAUUGGAAUUCGCUGCCCUAGAGCUUUCUGGGGACAAUUACCUAUCAUGGGUUCUGGAUGCCAAGAUCCAUCUACGUGCUAAUGGCCUUGGCAAAGCAAUUGAAGAUGGAAGUGAUGCAUCACCUAAGGAAAAUGCGAAGGCCAUGAUUUUCCUUCGCCGCCACAUUCAUGAAGCGCUGAAAAGCGAAUAUGUGGUAGUUGAUGAACCAUUGGUCCUAUGGAAAGCUUUAUGUGAGAGAUAUAAUCAUCAGAAGACGGUGACUCUCCCAAGAGCUAGAUACGAAUGGACACACUUGAGAUUUCAGGAUUUCAAGACAGUCAAGUACUUAGAACUUGUAUCUUGCCUCUUGCUAGCUGAGCAACGAGCUUUUAUUGAAAAAUCACCAAUCUCGCCCAACAGGCCACUUCCUGAAAUACAUGCUGCAUCUCGGGAAGUGAAUGCCACCUCAUCUCGUGGCAGUAUCCGCAAACGUGGGCGAGGAGGCAAACGUGGCCGAUGGCAAGGGAGUAGAAAAGAUUGUGGUGCUCAUCCAUACGGCUUGGGGCCGAGAAACAAUCCAUCCAUGAAUGGCAAAAAUGCACCCAGAAAUAAGGGAAAAACACAAGCAAGCUAUGUGCCUAGAAAUAAUGAAAGCGCUUGUUACAGAUGUGGUGCAAAGAGACAUUGGAUGCGUACAUGCCGUACGCCGAAGCACUUGGCGGAUCUUUAUCAAACUUCACUUAAAAACAAAAAAGUGGAGACAAAUUAUGUUGCACCAGAUCCGCCAGCCAUAGACGGCUCAUCGGAAAUAUCGCGUCGUUUAGACAAGACGCAUCUAGAUGUUUCCGAUUUUGUUACUGAAAGAGGGAAUGAAAUUUAUGGGUCUGAACUGGAUUAA